UGUGUGUAGUGGUAGUGUCGUACUGUGUACCUUGCAAGAAAUUGUAAAACUUACUACUGGGUAAAUUGAAAAUAUACUUUUGACGCAAUUGUGACAGUUUCCUGCCAAGAUGAAGAGUAAAUUUAGUACUUAUGACAUUGUAUGUCUCAUCACUGAACUGCAAAGGCUUGUUGGGAUGAGAGUACAACAAGUAUAUGAUAUUGAUCACAAAACAUACCUGAUAAAACUUCAAAGAACUGAAGAAAAGGCUAUGCUACUGAUUGAGUCUGGGUGCCGAAUACACACAACAGCCUUUGAAUGGCCAAAGAAUAUGGCUCCAUCAGGUUUUAGCAUGAAGAUGAGGAAACAUCUACGGAACAAACGCUUGGAGGUUCUCAAACAGAUGGGAAUGGAUCGUAUAAUAGACUUGCAGUUUGGAAGUGGAGAGGCAGCUUACCAUGUUAUUUUAGAGCUUUAUGAUCGUGGAAAUAUUGUACUUACAGAUUACGAGUUAACUAUUCUCAAUGUCCUAAGACCUCACACGGAGGGUGACAAGAUAAGGUUUGCAGUGAGAGAGAAGUACCCCACUGACAGGGUUCACCAAAGAGUCCCCCCACCUACAAUUGAACAACUGAAGGAGAUAUUCAGCAAAGCUAAGAAUGGGGAAUCUUUAAAAAAAAUAUUAAAUCCUCACUUAGAAUACGGUCCAGCUGUAAUUGACCACAUGCUGCUGAAGGUAGGGCUGCCCCCAGGGGUGAAGUUGGGCAAAGGAUUUGACCUGAGUCAGCUGCACAAGAUAUGUGAGGCCCUGCAAGAAGCUGAAGCCCUCUUGGAUCAAGCUCUUCAGCAACCUUCCAAGGGCUAUGUUGUACAAAAAGCUGAAAAGAGGCUGAACAAGGAUGGUGAAUCUGACGAGCUCAUAACGAAUCAAGAAUUCCAUCCUCAUUUGUUUAUGCAAGUUUCAACCCAACUGUAUAAGGAAUUUGAUUCAUUCGAUUUAGCAGUUGAUGAGUUUUUCUCUCAAAUGGAAGCCCAGAAAAUUGACGUUAAAGCUCUUCAACAGGAAAAAGAAGCUCUGAAGAAGUUAGAGAAUGUGAGGAAGGACCAUCAGGACAGACUGCACGCUCUUCAGCAGAAUCAGGAGGUGGACAAACAGAAGGCGGAAUUGAUCUUGCGCAACCAAGAGUUGGUGGAGAGUUGUCUGCUGGUAGUGAGGACAGCGUUGGCCAACCAGCUGCCUUGGCCUGCGAUAGAUCAGCUAAUUAGCGAGGCCAGGAGUAGAAGCGACCCUGUUGCACAAGCUAUCACCAAACUCAAACUGGAGACCAACCACAUAUCUCUCAGCCUGAGUGAUCCCUUCAGCAGUGAAGAUUCAGACAGUAACGACUCAAGUGAAGAUGAAGAAAAGAUUAGAAAAAUUCCUCCAAUGACUAUUGAUAUUGAUUUAGCCCAAACAUCGUUUGCUAAUGCUAAAAAAUAUUAUGAUAAAAAGCGGUCAGCAGCAAAGAAGCAGCAGAAAACUGUUGAAUCUGCUGGCAAGGCAUUAAAAUCAGCAGAGAAGAAAACUAAACAAACAUUAAAAGAAGUUCAAGCUAUGACCACAAUUACAAAAGCCCGGAAAGUUUUCUGGUUUGAAAAGUUCUUCUGGUUCAUCAGCUCUGAAAAUUACCUGGUAAUAGGAGGGAGGGACCAGAUCCAGAAUGAACUGAUAGUGAAGCGCUAUCUGCGAGGCAGUGAUGUUUACGUCCACGCUGAUCUACACGGUGCCAGUAGUGUAGUGGUCAAGAACCCCUCACCCAGCCCUGUUCCUCCCAAGACACUGAAUGAGGCUGGGGUCAUGGCUAUCUGCUACAGUGCUGCCUGGGAUGCCAAGGUUACCACAAGUGCUUGGUGGGUGCAUGCUGACCAAGUGUCAAAAACUGCCCCUACUGGAGAAUACCUGACCACUGGAAGUUUUAUGAUAAGAGGCAAGAAGAACUACUUGCCACCCUGCCACCUCAUAAUGGGGUUUGCCUUCAUGUUCAAACUGGAAGAGAGCAGCAUAGAAAGACACAAGGACGAGCGCAGAGUAAGGACAGUGGAAGACGACAAUAUCCUUGAGGAAACUGUAAACAACUCUGAAGACGUAGAAGUGGAGCUCAGCGACGAUGAACCAGGAGAAAAGGAUGGCUCAUUAUUAGAAGAUGUUAAGGAAGAAGAAGAAGAUAAUGAUGAUGAUGAAGAACCUCACUUUCCUGACACCCAAAUUAGAGUUGAUCAUACAAGUGAGAACAAGGUCAGUGUAACAGCAGCAAUGGGAAGUCUGGAUCUCACUCCCAAGGCAGAAUCUGAACAGACUGUCGUGUAUCUCGGUGAUGAUCAACCAGUGGUCAUCACACCAGCUGCUUCCAGACAAAAGCAGCAAAAACCCCAAAAACAAUCAAAAGAUACAAAACAGGAGGAAAAAGAAGAAAAGGAAGAAAAAGAAAAGCAAAAUACAUCUCAGGUUAAGAGAGGGCAGAAAGGAAAACUAAAGAAAAUCAAAGAAAAAUAUAAAGAUCAAGAUGAAGAAGAGAGGAAACUUAGAAUGCUAAUUUUACAAAGUGCUGGCAGUGGAAAAGUAAAAGAAACUAAAAAAACCAAGAAAAAUGCACCAAAACCACCUCCUGUAGUGAAGAAGCCUGUUCCAAAGCCGUCCACCAAGCCCACUAGCACAGUUGGUGACAAGGACGGGGCGGGGGACAGCGGUGGGGAGGAAGAAGAGGGAGAGACUGUGACAGCUGAUGUGGACAUGCUGGUCUCCCUCACAGGACAGCCAGUAGCAGACGACGAAUUACUGUUUGCUGUACCUGUAGUGGCACCUUACAACACAGUGAUCAACUACAAAUACAAAGUGAAACUGACUCCGGGCACUGGUAAGAGAGGCAAGGCGGCAAAAACUGCUCUCAAUAUGUUUCUCAAAGACCGUAGUGCGACUAACCAUGAAAGGGACUUAAUGCGUAGUGUGAAAGAUCAAAAUAUGGCAAGGAACUUGCCAGGAAAAGUAAAGGUAUCCGCUCCUCAGCUACAGAAACUAAAGAAGUAAUAAAUAAUGUAUCAGUUAAUCAUUAUUUUUGUUAGUAUUUUUUGUUUGUUUUAUUUAUUGUUAGUCACUAUACUCUGUUAUUAUAUUCUAAACAUUUUGGGUUGAUGUAUUUAUAUUCAGAUUAAUUUAAUUUACUUAACCUUUUCAGUUGAUUUGUUUUGGCUUUGCAAAACCUAUUUUUCUCUUUAUAAAACAAACAUACAGGGUGAAUAAAAAGUCAAGAACCCCCUCUCUAAUAUUUUUCUAAGUAAAUAUACAGAGAUAUCCUUUUGGUGGUCGUGCAAUCUUAGCAGGAAGUUUCAUUUUAUGAUUUUUAAAUUUUUAAAUGUCCCCCAAAAAAUCGCGCAUAAAUGGUAAUAUUGGUUCGUAAUUGUAAUAUUAGCUGCAAUUUUGGACAGAGGAAAUAUAGCGAACUCUAGUUUUCACCAUUCUUUAAGUUUUUGUAAACACUUCAAAAUUAGGUGUCACUUGAAGGGGGUUUACAUUUAAAAUUUUUGAGUUGCCCCCAAAAUCCCCCUUUUUGGGGGACACUCAACAAUUUUAAAAUCAUAAAUGAAUCUUCCUACUAAGGUUGCAUGACCACCAAAGGAUAACUCUGUAAUAUUUAUGUUAGAGAAAAUUAGAGGGAGGGAAACUACUUUUUAUUACACUAGAAAAUUAAUGUAACAGUAACGUCAUUAAACUUUUGACGGGCUACCAUUUUGGAUAGAGAAGAGAUAGCGAACUCUGGUUUUCACCAUUCUUUAAGUAUAUGUUAACACUUCAAAAUGAGGUGUCACUUGAAUAGGGUAACAUUUACAAAUUUUGAGUUGCCCCCAAAAUCCCCCCUUUUUAGGGGACACUCAAAAAUUUCAAAAUCAUAAAAUAAAACUUCCUGCUAAGAUAGCAAGACUACUAAAAGGAUAUUUCUGUAUAUUUACUUAGAAAAAUAUUAGAGGGGGGUCUUGACUUUUUAUUCACCCUGUAUAUACAGUCGGAAAUGUUGUAUCAAAUAGUUUAUAGGCCUAAGUAUGGACAUUUUCAUGAAUAGAUGCUAGAAGCUAUUUGGCACUUAACCAGUCUAUAGCCCAAAGAUGGGGCAGCCAUCAAAUAUGGCUAACGAGAUACCAUACAUGCCAUGUAUGAUUGCUUGCCAACUUAUUACAAAUACAGAGUCUAUCUUUUUCUUUGUUAAAAUAUUUUAUUUGAUCUUAGAUUUACAAUUAUUGCAGUAUUGGAAAGAAGUUGUCUUGUUGAAUUUGUACUCUGUAACUUAAAAUGUAUAUAUAGAUCAAACAAAUUAUAUUGAAUAAACUAUACAUUGUUUUAUAA